AUGGAGGCUAAGCUUAGCGCAAAGCUACAGUUGCUUGAACUAACCAGAGGAAAAACUAAGGAUGUUGCUGUUGGCGAUAACUUGGAAAAGAUUCGUCGACACAAAGAAGCCUUGCAGACUAUAGUAGCUGGUGUUGAGGAGUUAAAGAGGGAUAUAGAGCAAGAAAAACUGGAAAAGGGAGAAACUGUGGACGAAGUAAAAGAGUGGGGAGAGGAAACCGAAGGUAAGAUUGACAUUGUGGACAAUGACAUCAAAUUCCUAGAGGCUCGUCUCAAAGAAAUAGUCACUCGUUCUGACAACGAAGAACGGGAAACCAAGGAAUACCAUAAAGCUCGAGAACGUGAGGAGCAGCUAAAUUUUGAGCGGCAUCAGCUAGAACAAAAGGCAGAGUUCUCUAAGGCCCAAACUCAACGACAGAUUUGCCUCAUAAACAUAGCGUGA